AAUCUGUUGAAAAACGCUAUUCUGAUCUCCUCUGGAUUAAGUAUUUCAUUUGCAAUCAAAUCUUUUGCGUUUAUUGUCUCAAAAAGUGUAUUUUAAUUAAAUUUAGCUUCUAGGCUAUCCAAUCGUUGAGGAGGUAGACGAUGGAUAUAAAUUAGUGGGAGUUUACAAAGUUUUUUGGGAUUCUUAUGCCAAAUUUACCAGAACAAGGUGAGUCUUUUUACGAACAAAACGCUGAUUAAACUCAUGAAACUCUUGUUAUCAGAUACACGGUUAAAGUCCCCGAUGAACCAAUUUGGGGUACUUGGAAGGAAGGUGUUGGCUAUACAGAUGGUAUUUUAGGCAUGAUGCAGAACAAUGUAAUGUAUUCAUUUUUUAAAGAUCUUUUAUAUUUGGUGACCAUGAAAGGCUAAUCAACAUCAAACUCAAGUUUUUUUUCGCUCUUUGAUUCAUGAUUUGUUUAAAGUUGAAAAAUUAUCUUAAAAUCAUUUUAUUUCAGAGAAAAAUUUGAUGUUGAUCAUUUGAAGUCUUCAUUAUCUUCUCUCAAAUCUAAUUUCAUAAGCUUAAUUCUCAAUUUUCCCUUUCUCAGGAAGCUAACAAAGUACAUUUUUAUGUACCGAUUGGAACUAAAGAUCCUCCCGGAGUUUUCACUCGUGUUUUGAAGGAAGAAACUUAUCACAUCUUAUCCAUAACUGCACAAACCUCAAUCGUCAAUAACGAUCUAUUGGUCAAACUAUUAAUCUUUGAGCCAACCUGUUGGCUUGUCUAUUUUGUCUUGCUUUUCACCUUCCUUUUGAUUUGCGAUCUUCUCUCUCAAGAUCAAAAGCUUCUUAAUUUAUUUUCCAGGUUUAAGUUGAUUUGCCUUCAAUUGGUUCAGAUAACUUUUAAGCAAAAUCCAACCAUCAAUGGUCGCUGUUUAUUCAUGCUUCUUGCCUGUCUCACAGUUGCGAUAUUUACUAUGAUCUCUGGUGCAGCCUUCAAUACCAAUGCAAUAACGGGAACAAUAGGUGAACAGGUUAACACUUUAAUGGACAUUGUGCGACUCAACAAAAUUCCAGUCUUCAUAGAUGGUGAAUCAAUGUAUGAAUCUUUUGAAGGUGGAAUAGGAAAGGAAUUCAAAGCAGUUCAUGAUCAAGCAAAAAAAUUUAAAAUGGAUAAACCAGUGCCAGUUCUUGAAGUCGCGCAACAGACGCUGUUAACAGAAGACAGUUGUUUAAAUGGUGUAAUCAUUUUGGACAUAAGGUCAAUCAAGGUGACCAGUAAAGCAAUUGAACUGAUUUGCAGUGAAGCUAGCAAGAGGCGAAGAUUCGCUUUCAUUUCGCCUCCAUUUCAUACAACUGCUUUCUUAAGUUUAAUCAAUCCUGGUAACAAUGAAUCGAUAGGUAAAGAGUUGAUCAGGCGAGAUGGAUCGUUUGCGAGUACCAUAUUGGAAAGGGGAAUCGGACAGGAUAACAAAAAAAUCGUUGAUUAUAAUUCUAAGACUGCGGUGAAGCAAGUUACAACUUUGUUCGGCUUAAAGACUGAUUGGCCAAUCCAGGACGAUUCAUUCCAAAUUCGUCCAUUAAAUUUUUCAAAUUUUGCUCUCAUCUUUAAAUUGAUGAUUUUCCUUCAAGUGGCCAUUUUACUGGGUAAUGUUUUGUACCAAAUAUUUAACUUUUUAUUCCGAAGAGUCAAGUGGACUAUGCCAGCUUCAUUAGUUUAAUAACUGCAACCACAAUAAAAUAUAUCACUAAUAUAAUUAUUAUUAUUACUAUUAUAAUAUUUACUUUAACGUUACAGUAAUUCCCUGAGUUUUUUGUUUUUUUGGAGUGCUGACAUCUAUGUGAACUACAGGGGGAAAUAAUUAAAUUUUCCAGGUUAAACAAUUAGUCCACUCCAAUGACUCCCCCCUGAAGGGAGAAAGGCUAGAAAGGCUAAAGGGGAAUCACUAGAGUGGACUAAUUGUUUAAACUGUAAAUUUAAUUAUUUCCCCCUGUAGUUCACAUAGAUGUCAGCACUCCAAAAAAACAAAAAACUCAGGGAAUUACUGUAACUGUAAAUGUGAAAAUUGUUUCUUAAAAACCCAGAAGAUGCCACUUCAUUACCAGUCUUGGCAAUAAAAAAGAAACCGCAAAAUUUGAAAAUGAAUAAAUUGAUAAAAA